CCUGUCAUUUAGACAUGUGCUUGUUAUUUCUGAGACGUUGUUUUGAUUCAUAUUAGUACUUUAAUCAUGUUUUAUCUAGUUGGUUUGGGCUUGGGAGAUGUAAAAGAUAUAACUGUGAAAGGCCUAGAAGUUGUUAAGAAUGCUGAGAGGGUUUACCUUGAAGCGUACACAUCAAUCCUGACUGUUGGCAAGGAAGCAUUGGAGGAGUACUAUGGACGAAAAAUAAUUCUUGCUGACAGAGACAUGGUUGAGCAACAGUCAGAUGAGUUGUUGGAUGGCACUGACAAGUCAGAUGUGGCGUUUCUGGUGGUUGGAGAUCCCUUGGAGCGACAACCCACACUGACCUUAUCCUGCGAGCUGUUGAGAAGGUACUUCUUUAUUUCCGACAUGUUGUUUCCCCAACGAUUUUAUGAUUUUGACAAAUAUAUAAAAAUGAAGGAACAGACUAUUGAAAACCUGAUGAAGGGAAAUAAGAUAUUUGAGCCCCCACGGUUCAUGUCUGUGAGUCAAGCGGCUGAGCAGCUUCUGGAGAUUGUGCAGCGGAAGGGAGAGGAGGGAGGACAGAACCUUGCUCUGUCAGAAGAUACCGUGUGUGUCGGGCUGGCAAGGGUUGGGUGUGACGACCAGAAGAUAUGUGUUGCCACCUUGAAGCAGUUGACCUCAGUUGACCUUGGGGAACCUCUGCAUUCAUUAGCUAUUCCAGGCCACAUGCACCCCCUGGAAAUAGACAUGUUAAAUCUUUUUGCUCUCGAUGACAGUGUCAAGACUCAUCUUCAGUCCUGUUUACCAUCCUCCUGAAAUAAACUUAUCUUAUAAAUUUAUCUUCACAGGCUUUCCCUCUCAUUGUUAUGGGAAUUAUGGGCCAUUUUAGGUCGAUAAUGAAGCAUACAAUUUUAUGGAUAACAACUUUUGUUUAUUGCAUAGAACAACAUUUUAAUGUAAAUUCUUACACAGUUAUCAAGCUAAAGCCUGUUAUUCAUAAAGUCUUAUGUCUUCCUAUUUACUGAACAACAUCUAGAAUGCUGAUCAACCAUUCUUGUUAUUUAUGGACCUCACACUUCACUCAAUAGGCCACCGCCAUAUAGCUGGAAUAUUGCUGAGUGCGGCGUAAAACUAAACUCACUCAAUAGGCCACCGCCAUACAGCUGGAAUAUUGCUGAG